CGGUCACACUGCUCAAAACGCGGCAAAACUUUGCCGGCUUUUUAACAAAAAAAACAAACGCUGCUUUAAACUUAAUUUGAUUGAGAUGCAGGCAUUUUUGAAAACUGGAAAGUCUGGCGGUGGCAGCAGCAACUCCGGCAAAGCCCAAGGCGGGGCCGUGGAGCGUCGCAAGCCGCCGGCUCCAUGGGUGGAGAAAUACCGCCCACGAAGCGUUGACGAUGUGGUCGAGCAGUCGGAGGUGGUGGCUGUGCUCCGGAAGUGUGUGGAGGGUGCCGAUCUGCCCAAUAUGCUGCUCUACGGUCCGCCAGGCACGGGCAAGACGAGCACCAUCCUGGCAGCAGCGCGCCAGAUAUUCGGCGACAUGUACAAGGAUCGCAUACUCGAGCUGAACGCCUCCGAUGAGCGUGGCAUCAAUGUGGUGCGCACCAAAAUCAAGAACUUCUCCCAGCUGUCGGCCAGCCAUGUGCGCCCCGAUGGCCGCCCAGUGCCACCCUUCAAGAUCAUCAUCCUGGACGAGGCCGACUCGAUGACGCAUGCCGCUCAGUCCGCGCUGCGCCGCACCAUGGAGAAGGAGAGCAGCAGCACACGCUUCUGCCUCAUCUGCAACUACGUCUCGCGCAUCAUUGUGCCCAUCACAUCGCGCUGCUCCAAGUUUCGCUUCAAGCCGCUCGGCGAGGAGAAGAUCAUUGCCCGCCUGCAGCACAUUUGUGAGCUGGAGGGCGUCAAAAUCGAUCCAGAUGCCUACAAGACAAUUGUCAAGAUAUCCGGCGGCGAUCUGCGUCGCGCCAUAACCACGCUCCAGUCAUGCUUCCGCCUCCAAGGCUCCGAGCACACCAUCAACACCGCCGAUCUGUUCGAAAUGUCUGGCGUCAUCCCUGACUACUAUCUGGAGGAUUUCAUGGAGGUCUGCCGCUCAGGCAACUACGAGCGCCUCGAGCAAUUUGUGCGUGAAAUUGGCUACUCGGCGUACAGUGUGGGCCAAAUGAUGGACCAAUUGGUGGAGUUUGUUGUCCAUCACGCGACCCUAACCGAUCCGCAGAAGGCAAAGAUCUGCGAGAAGCUGGGCGAAUGCUGCUUCCGCUUGCAGGACGGUGGCUCCGAGUACUUGCAGAUUAUGGAUCUUGGCUGCUGCAUAAUUCUGGCACUUAAAUGAACCAUCGGAACUCGUUUUUUGAAAAUAUAUUUCUAAUUGAUUAAUUUGUA